GGCUCGAGGCGCGGUGACCGCGUCUGGCGAGAGCUGGAGGAGGCGGUGGGAGGUGGUGGCGGCUGCAGCGCGGGCGCCUGAGGAGGAGGAGGAGGAGGAGAAGCGGAUGAGGAGUAGCUCCCGGCUCCUGGCUGGCACCGAGCGAGCUGCCGGCCAGGCCCCCGCCCCCGCGCCACCUGCUCGGUGCCAGGGGCAGCAUGCUCGCCGGGCUCCAUGGGGCCCGACAAAGUGACCGCCCGGGAGCUGUGCGAGAACGACGACCUGGCCACUAGCCUGGUGCUCGACCCCUACCUGGGCUUCCGCACCCACAAGAUGAACGUCAGCCCCGUGCCGCCUCUGCGGCGCCAGCACUACCUGCGCGCUGCGCUGGACACCUUCCUGCGGCAGCGCGACCUGGAGGCAGCGUACCGCGCCCUCACGCUCGGGGGCUGGAUGGCCCACUACUUCCAGAGCCGGCGGCCGCGGCAGGAGGCGGCGCUCAAGACCCACAUCUACCGCUACCUGCGCGCCUUCCUGCCCGAGAGCGGCUUCACCAUCCUGCCCUGCUCGCGCUACUCCAUGGAGACCAACGGGGCCAAGAUCGUGUCCACGCGGGCCUGGAAGAAGAAUGAAAAGCUGGAGCUGCUGGUGGGCUGCGUGGCCGAGCUGCGGGAGGCCGACGAGGGGCUGCUGAGGGCCGGCGAGAACGACUUCAGCAUCAUGUACUCCACCCGCAAGCGCUGCACGCAGCUGUGGCUCGGCCCUGCUGCCUUCAUCAACCACGACUGCAGACCCAACUGCAAGUUUGUGCCUGUAGAUGGGAACGCAGCCUGUGUGAAGGUGCUCCGGGACAUCGAGCCGGGAGAUGAGGUGACCUGCUUCUAUGGCGAGGGCUUCUUUGGCGACCAGAACGAGCUGUGUGAAUGCUACACCUGUGAGAGGAAGGGUGAAGGGGCGUUCCGGCUGCAGCCCAGGGAGCCGGAGCUGCCCACCCAGUCCCAAGACAAGUACGAGCUCCGGGAGACCAAGCGGCGGCUACAGCAGGAACCAAGUGGGCCUGGCCCAUGGGCAUGCAGCCACAGGCCCGCGCAGCGCCAGGACCUCUGCUGUGCUGCCUGCCAGCCCCUGCGCCUGCACAGCCCCCAGCGGGACGCUUCACCCCUCUGGCUGCAGUGGCUGCCCCAGCUCCAGCAUCAAGUGCGCCCCCGGAAGCGCCGCCGGCCCCGGCCCCAGCCCCGGCGCACCCCCAUUCCUCCUACCCUCCCUGCCGUCUGCAUCCCUGUACACCAGUGGGGGGGCUGCGGCCCCCACUGCCGCCUGCAGGCUGAGGCCCUAGUGGCCCUGGGCCGCCCCACCCUUGCACGCUGGGCUCCCCAGCAGGACUGGCACUGGGCCCGGCGCUACGGGCUGCCUUCUGUGGUGCGUGUGGACCUCAGCCGCCUGGCCCCAGCCGUGCCAGCAGCCUCUGUGGCUGCCGCCACCACCACUGCCCCUGAGACCCCAGCCCCCAGCCCCAUCCCCAAGCAGGCCCUGGCCUUUGCCCGCUUCUCCCCACCCAAGCGCCUGCGGCUGGUGGUCACCACGGGCGCCAUCAACCUGGAUAUCCACAGAGACGAGGCCUGAUGGGGCAGAGGGGCCUGGACAGGCCUGCCCGACACCCCCAAGUAACUGCUGACCCCUGAGCCACCCUACCCUGCAGGGAACCCUGGCCACUGGCUGCCCUCCCCCCUUCCCCAUUCCCACCUCAGGACUGCAGGAGGCCCCCUUCUUUCCCAGGGAGCAAAGCCAUAGGGGGUGGGGGCCUCCCCUGGCCUCUCCUGGAAGCCCAGGCUGCAGGAGGAGGUGACCUGUGCUGAAGAACCCCGUGUGGG